AUGUCUCAGCCAUGGGACUACAUAGCCAAAAUUGUAUCACUGGGCGACUCAGGAUGUGGUAAAUCAAGUUUAACAGUCCGCCUCUGCGAAGGCCGUUUCUCCCCCCAUCACGACGUGACCAUCGGUGUCGAAUUUGGCUCUCGCAUAGUGCCUGUUGGCCCCCCAGCUUCAUAUUCCCUCGGCAUCAACCAGCCGUCUUCAUCACAAUCGCCCGCCGCCCCAUCAGUGAAAGACCCACAACAAAAGCACAUGAAACUGUCGCUGUGGGAUACAGCAGGCCAAGAGACGUACAAGAGCAUCACCAGAAGUUACUUCCGCGGCGCAUCGGGCGCAUUGCUCGUCUUCGAUAUCUCGCGGAAAAAUACAUUUCUCAGCGCAACGUCAUGGCUGCAUGAUCUACGACAGAUUGCUGAAGAAGGCAUCGUUGUAGUGCUGGUGGGCAACAAAUCCGAUCUCGCAGCCUCGUCAACGCUUUCCGAGUCAGAAGCAGCGAAUAAGCGCCAAGUCACAAAAGAAGAAGCGGAAGAAUGGUGUAAAGCCAAUGGUGUCAUGCAGUAUGUUGAAACAAGCGCGAAGAGUGGUGAGGGCGUCGAACGAGCUUUCUUGGAAGUCGCAGAGCGAAUAUACCAAAACAUCGAAGCGGGUAAAUACGACCUGAAUGAUAGGAGAAGUGGUGUCAAGGGGCCAGGAGGCGGUGGAGGGAACAGAGCGAGCGUGAAUUUGAACGAAGCAGCGAAGAAGGGGAAACAGCAGGGAUGGGGAAGCUGCUGUUAA